CCUCCAUGGUGGGUCCAUAUAUUCUUCAGGAUCUCGUUGAUGACCUCCCGUUAGGCACCCCGGAAAAUCCCAACAUCGAGAUUACUUGUUUGGAGUUUUGGCAAGAGAAUCUCUAUGUCGGAACAUCAACCCAUGAACUAUUACAUUUUGUCUCUAUACCAGCCACCCCAACCCCCAGUGCUGCUGUAGAACCUCAGAACCCAAUAUACAUGCUCGCUUCUCGACCCCAGCCACCUCCGACUCCAGCUACGACUGCCACCCCGCCUUAUAUAAAGAAGAUCCUAAUUCUCCCGACCACCUCUACAGCUCUUGUAUUAUCUUCCGCGGGCUUUCUCUCUUUCUACACCUUACCGGAGUUUUCACCAGUUUCUGGUGCCCCAAAACUGAAGGAUGUUGCCUUUAUUGGAGGGCAGGACUUGAAUGAAGUCGAGGAGGAGAGAAGAGCCGCUACUGAGGGGAGGCAGGUAGAUGUGGGGAGGGGGAAGUUGAUUGUGGUUCUUGCUAAGGGGAAAUUACGGAUGAUUCGGAUAGGGGAGGUCGCAAGAUUGGUCAAAGAUAUUGAGCUCAAAGCUCGCGCUGUCGAGGCCGUCAGAAGGAAUAUGAUUGCCUGCAUUUCUACAGCCGAGAAUUAUGCCUUGGUGGACGUUGACAAUAUUCGUCAAAUUCCGCUAUUUCCUAUAUCCUCCAUUCCUGCAAGCGACCCUCCCCGCUCAACUGAACCAGGCCCGGAUACCCCACAAUCCCUUUCACAAAAUUCGGGGUCCCAGGUCAGGACGACUUCCGGGUCACAUCCCCCUCGGACAUCAUCUCUCACCCCAAGGGAGAGGAGAAAUAGCUCUGCUACUGCCUCCAAGGAAUCUAGCCCAACAGUCCAUAGUAGAUCCAGCAGCACCGGCAGUGUUCGUGGGCAGACAAGUAGACAAAGUUCCCGUGGAAAAACCACAACUUCCCGGGCUGCCAAAUCUACGCCAAAGCAGACUCACCUAUCACCUCCAUCUCCAACUCCCUCUCGACCCCUAUCACCAUUUGUAGGCUCGCAGCCGUCAUCCCCAACCGCCCGUUCCGAGACUGGUCAUGAGGCCCCUUCUAGUAGCAGCAAGGCUUCUUCCGCAGCCUCCUCUUCCUCUCCAAGCCCAGGUUCAGCUUCUCCUACAAAAACGACACCAACAGGAUCCAAAUCUCCAGCUAAGACUGAAAAUAUGAUUUCGAAGGGGCCUUUGAUGCCACAUGUAGCGUCUCCCAGUCCCUCGGAGUUUCUUUUGACAACCGGCACUACAUGGGAAGACCCCGGAGUGGGGCUAUUCGUGAAUGUAGAAGGGGAUGUCACGAGGGGCACCAUCAGUUUCGGGAGAUAUCCUGACGACGUAUUGGUGCAGGGUCCUUGGGUGAUUGCUGUCAUAGCAAGUCGGGCUAUCGAAGUGCAGAAGUGGAACAUGGAUGAUGUUGAGGAUGACGGAAGUGAAGAAAGAGGAUUGCUGGAGAUGGGUGAUAACGGGUAUAAGCUUGGCCUGAGCGAAGUAAUCGGACUACCGGGGAGGGUGGUGGGUGCGGCCAUGGCGAUGUUAAGGCUUGAAGCACUCAAUCUACGACACUAUCCCGACCCGGGAAGUAACGAAUCCCCCGAGUUAAGUCGGCGGAACAACGAAGAAAGGAUAAUUGCCGAAAGAAUAUCGACUGUUGAGAGCAGUGUUGUGGCUUUCAAAGGUAAAAGGAUAUGCGCUUUAGUGGAAAGUCCUCUAGUACUACGACUGGAUUCGCUGUUACCAACUUCCAAAGAUGGGACGCCCAAAACUAGAAUUCGAAAAAUCCUGAAGACCCUUCGCAAAAUUGAUGCCAUCGAACCAACUACUGAACGAGGCUUUCAUGAGGUUUCCUAUAUUCGUCAGAAAUGCGGCAUGCUCCUCCUGGGUGAACUGCUCAGAUUAGAAACAUUCGAAAGGACCGAUAUCCAGCCAGACGAGAUCAUAUUAUCCGAGGAAGCGCUUAUAGAGAGUGCUGUGGACCCCCGAGUCGUGCUAGCUAUGUUCGGGGGCGGAUUCAUCGAAGACAUUGUGCUGGGCAAAGGGGGAGUAUGGGUUUACGGAGGCAUCAAACCUGUCUUCGGUGAAAUACGCGCUCAGCUCGCGGGGCGGCAAGAGGGUUACCAAAGAGAUAUACUAUUACUCUUGAAAAGAUACCUAGCUGUUUGGAGACGGAAAAAGGGAUUCGGUAGUAUUGCCGAGGAAAAGGAGGUGUUUGCCACAGUUGAUGUUGCCUUGAUCCGUGUUUUGUUGAUGCUCGAUUCUCCUGAGUAUCUACUACAAAAGGGAUUCACUAUGGUAUCUGAGGGCAACGUGCGGGGCGAACUGUAUGCAUUGGUUGAUCAAGAUGUGGAUGAAUUCGAGGCUAUAUCAGAUCUCCUUAGGAGCUUUAGCCGGUUUUAUGUCCUAAGCAUUUUACUCCAAAACAGGAGGAUGUAUCGAGAGGUAUUGGUCACAUGGAAGAGGAUUCUAGAAGAAGGGGACACAGCAGGAGAGUUUGAGGACGGGGAGGAGAAAGUGAGGAAUUAUCUCUUAAAGUUGAAAGAUAGGUCACUUGUCGAGGAGUUUGGCAAAUGGCUAGCUGCAAGGAAUCCCAAAUUAGGAACCCAAGUCUUCUCGGACGAUAAAGCAAAAGCGAAAUUCGAGCCGGAGAAAGUUUUAGACAUUUUAAAAGAGCAUGCGCCAACAGCAGUACGGAUUUAUGUGAGCCAGUUAGUCGAAAAAGGAAACACAAAGUACGUGAACGAUCUGAUACUUCUGCACCUCGACGAUUUGGUAAAGGCCCUCGGGGAGCUCCCCUACGCAUCUGAACGGCUCAAAGACUCUUACGAGUCCUACCGAGCACUCACUUCACCGAAACCAACAUACCGGGAAUUCAUCGCCGACAAUUCACUACCGCUAGCAGGCACAGACGGUGCAGAGGAUACAUUAGAGGCGAGCUGGUGGCGCAAUCGCCUGCGCUUUCUGGAACUUCUCAGUGGUGAAAGCUCUUACGAUGUUUCAAAGAUUUUCGGCAGCCUGGUUAAAUUUCGCGAAGUUUUGGUUCCCGAGAUGGUCAUACUAUACGGGAAAGAGGGACGCCACGAGGACGCUAUCCGACUCCUAACACACGGGCUCAAAGACUUCGAUACUGCAAUAAACUACUGUCUCUUCGGGGGCCUAUCCAUAUUCCAGACACGGGAAAUCAUCACAAAUCGCGAUGAACAAGAAACGCUCUUUGCAGUACUUCUCGGCGAGUUCCUCAAAUUAGAAGAUUACCAGGAGCGCAUGGAGCAGACAAGAAGUUUACUAGAGCGAUUCGGUGGCUGGGUUGACAUAACCCACGUCCUUCAAGUUGUGCCCGACAAUUGGAGUGUGGAAAUGCUGAGCGGAUUUUUGAUGAGUUCUUUGAGAGGAUUGGUUAAAGAAAAGGCAGAGGUUAGUGUUAUGAAGAGUUUGCGAAGAAGUGAGAUUUUCAGGGUGGAGGCAAACUAUGUUGCGCGAUGUGACGAUAUUGGACCUACUAUUGAACGGUGAUUUCUGUACUUUUCUUUCCUUUCUUUCCUCGCUAGCUUUCUCAUCCCCCGUUUCUCCCCUUUUUUUCUCUUUCAUCUCCUCUCACCAGCUAGGGCUUUGAGAUGGCGUUUCAGUGUGUUCCAGUAUCUCCUACUUCUGGCUUUGUAAAAUCAGGUGGUGUUACAAGAGGGAACAUUAGCGUAGAUAAUUGGGACGGUAGAGGCGGCCCUGAUAAUGGCACAGUACGAUACCAGUUUAUUUGGUGUUCACGGGUAGUUGUUUUUGAAACUUCACGUUUAUUCCCCCGCGAACUCCCCCGUGGGCUUCUGGCCGUGGCAGCAUCGUAUAAGUUAGCGUACAAUGAAAUCCCAAAGGAAAACCCCAAUUAUUCAAAGGGGAUACAGGCACGAUAGGCUCCAUCAGCCAAUUCCCAGACCCUCAGACAAGAUGUUUAUAAGGAGAAGUAUCAUGGACGAAGUAAUUCUAGUUCGCUCCCCCGCGACAAACAUACCCUUCACUGCCCUCACAGU